GCGAGCUUUCAAACGGGACAGCAUUCGAGACGGCCGCGGGGCUGAGGACGGGCGUCAGGCAGCUUUAUAACGGCACCGUUAGCAAAGGGAAGACCAAAGUUUAUCAUUAUUUCACAUUUUGUUCAGUCCUUUAAUCUUUUUGUUUUAAGUAAGUGCUGCCCCUGAUCUGGUUUAUGCGCCGCUCCACUCUUCGGUGGAAGUGGCUGGGCCUCUGGAGGCUGUGUGUCCACAACUGGUAGCUUUGUUGAGCUGAUAAAUAUUACAGGCCAGUGGUUUGCGUGAAUGUCAUCCGGUUUCGGCUUCGCAUUGUGCGGGAACUGAAGCCGCCUCCAGGCAAACUGUGAAUGCGCCUCUAGCAGCUGGCACCGGCAGCCGGGAUCGUUUAAUCAUCUUUUGGAAACAGCGAAGAGCUCAAAUGCAACUCUAUAUGAAAUAGUUUUAAAUAAAGUUCUUUAAAAUCUGUUACAUCAUGGGUCGGCUUACAGUGGAUCUAAUUGCUAAAAGUAGUGUCCAUGUAAAGAACAGAAGAGAUGAGCCGUUGGAACAAUACCUAAAAAAACUGACUCAUCUAAAUUUUUCAAACAAGAAUAUUGAUGAAAUCGAUGACCUCUCUGUGUGCAAGAACCUGUCUGCCAUAUAUUUAUAUGACAACAACAUCACACAGAUUCAUAAUUUAGAUUUUGCCUUUAAUCUCACCCAUCUGUACCUGCAGAACAAUAAUAUAACACACAUUGCAAAUCUGUCCUCACUACAAAACCUCUCUAAAUUGUAUCUAAGUGGCAAUUGUAUUUCUGUAGUGGAAGAGCUAGAGGGAUUAACAGAACUCCGAGAGUUGCAUGUAGAGAAUCAGCGCCUACCUCUUGGAGAGAAGCUACUCUUUGAUCCUCGGACUCUCCAAUCUCUAAAGAAUCAAGAGCAAACUGUGGAACUGUUAUCACAGCUCUGCCAAUAGUCAACCUAUUUGCAUAAUGGCACUCAGGACAAGAGGAAUAUGCUCUGUGGUGGAUAUUAAACGCAAAUCCAGGUUCUGCCAAGUGCAUAAUGCUGCUAAACUAAAAUUGUGAUUUAAAAAAUAUCAUAGAACCAUGGAAUGAUGACAGCAAAGAACGAGACCA